AUUGAAGUGCAGAGGACAGACUCAAUGACAGCUGAGUAGAACUGUAUCAGCAGUGCCUGUGGCAGGUUGAACUUCCUCAACUGGCAAAGGAAGUAAAACUUCUGCUGGGCCUUUUUCAAAAUGGAGUCUAUGUGGAUCUCCCACUUCAGGUCCUGUGAGAUGGUAGUGCACAGGAACCUGAAUGACAAUGACUCAUCGUCAUCUUGGAUGAGGCCAAUGACUGUAGUGUCAUCUGCGAACUUCAGGAGCUUGACAGAGGGUUCCUUGGUGGUGCAGUCAUUUGUGUACAUGGAGAAGAGUAGUGGGGAGAGCACACAUCCUUGGGGGGCACCAGAACUAAUUGUACAUGUGCUGGAGGUCUGUGAAUAUCGACAGGAUCCAUGUCAGCCGAUUCAUUAUGACUGAUGCGCAGAGAAACACGAGGAGCUCCAGUGAUUUGAAGAAUGAAGGAGGGUAUGAAAUCUCCAUCCCCUUUGACAAUAGCAACCCGGACGAGUCUGGCUUCUAUAAUCAAAAUGAUCAGGCUUUCGAUGUUGAGUCGGCCUCAGGUCAGGUUCCUCCUUGCAGUCCGUACUUUUUGAUCUCCAGUCUCCGAGCCCAGCUGCAGAUUUCUCUGGAAAAGAACUCCUGGCUCCAGAAGCGCAUCGAAGACCUGGAGGAGGAGAGGGACUUUCUACGCUGCCAACUCGACAGAUUCAUUUUCACCUCCAAGAGUCAGGAGAGGAACGAGCCUCAAGUGGACUCUGUGCAGCAGCCCACCAAUCAGAAACCCCUCACCCGGAAGGCGUCCACUCCUUCUCCAACACCUAUGACGACCCGCUCUGGGCAAAUUCCAACACGCAAUCAGAAGCGUAGUAGAAAAAGCAGCACACAAGAUGAAGAUGAGGAGGAGGAGGUGAUUGAGGAGGAGGAGUAUAUUGAGGAGGAAGGCUACUUAGAAGAGGAGCAGAUUGAUACAGAUGAGGAUGGUGACGAUUCCGACAGUAAACGUUCACGGAAGAGCCGUUCAAGCAGGAUGAAUGGCCAGACAAGGGUGAAAAGACGGCGUGUUUUCCGUAUUGCCCGAGGCAUGGAGAGACAGAGAGUUAAAGACCCUGCAGGUGUUCUGCUUCGCUACAAGAAGAUCCUUGUGACUUAUCAGAAGUUGAAGAGCAUGUCUAGAGCAUUCCAGGUUCAUGGUGUUGACCGUAACACUGUGGCCUCUUCUACACCUAUCGCUGAGCUGCUGCUGGUUGCCCCUGAGAAGGUAGCAGAGGUUGGCGAGUUUGAUUCCUCCAAGGAGAAGCUUCUGGAUUAUGCGAGGCGCUGCUAUAAAGCUCUCGACGAAGCUGCUCAUGCUAAGGUGCAGGCCUUGAAGAAGAACAACCUCUUGCUGCCCAUUUCAUACAGGUUCAGGCACUGAAUUUCCAAAAAUGUAUUCCUCUAUUUGUGGUGGGCAGAGCCAGUAGUAUUGAGGUAGUGGUUUGGAUUCUUCAAGGUCAAUCCAAGGAACAUUAUGGAUGUUUUUUUUUUUUUUCUCUCUACCUCAACUGUAGAGCUACUCAUCAUUUGGAGUGGAAAACUGUUCAUCUUUUUUUUGCAGUUUCUGAUGAUAGUAAUUCUCCAGAUCAAGUGAUUUAAGAAAAAUUUCUUCUAUAACUGUAAAUGGAGUGCCUGUGAAUUCAGUCCUGGUUUAUCACAUUUCUCAGCUUGAUUGGAGGUAUGCCAUAAUGUGUUGGUUAAAAAGAAUUGCAUGUUGACCAUAACAAAACUUGGUAAAAUGUUGUAAAAAUUUCUGAAGUUCAGAGAGAAAAACUUUGGGCAAUUAAAUAUAUAAAGGGAGAUACGGGCUGAGUGAAUCCAAGAAUCUGUGAGAUGUUUGGUCAGUCACUGUAUUAAAAAAAAAAAGUUACCUGUCCUUUAUUUUUUUUGGUAUAUCCUUAAGUUUGUUGUUGUAAGUUUGGAACAAAAAAAGUUCCUGCGUCCUCAAAUUUCAAUUAAUUGUCAAGGAAUUUUCUCACUGUUAUCACAUUAUUAUUAUUAUUAUUAUUGGUUGAUGAAAUCAUAUUAAUUUUUCUUGUUUGAGUUAUUAGGUUGGGAAUCUUUUGAGGUAGCUUACCUCUUAUAUUGAAGACACAAAUCAGAAUAAAGAUUUUCCAGGGAUAAAAUAAAGUUCUCAGCUUGCUAUUAUUUAAAUGAAAGAAUGGCAAUGAAAACUUUGUCUUCCUAAAUCAUUUUCAGUUUUUCUAAUCUUUAUCAUCUGUGUUGGAUGUUGUUAAUUGUAAUACGUUUUUAAUGAGAAGAAAGGGGGCUUAAAAAGAAGCACCUGCUGCAAUUCUCUUCUGUGCAAACGUUUGUGUAGGGAAACCCAAAGACCAAAGAGUAGUAACUAUACCAGAAUCCUCAGGGAUGAGGUAAAAUAUUUAUCUACCAAUCAUUUCAAUUUCUGGGGUUCCAGUGUAUUGCUGCCUUAUUACAUGACUGUAGUCCUCAUACACUUUAUACUACUGAAGUCAGUGAUCUUGAGUUCAUCAAAUUAAACCUAUUUAAAUGGAACACAUCCCACCCCUUUCCAGUAAUAUUGGUAUUUCUACAGCACAGAUUUGUGUUCUUCUUGACAAAGGGUAAAUGAUAUUGAUAUCAGAGACACUGUUUACUUUUUGUGUAAUUUUGUACACUUUGGGUACCAGUUCUUGCGAAUACUCAGGAGGUUGCAACGCAAACCUCAGAUAUCUGAGAUAUGCUUACUGAGAUGUGUUUGAUCUAAAAUAUUUAUGAUAGAGUGCCUUGUACAACAUCAAAACUCUCAAUGUCUUUGUUUCCACUAGUUUUUUUGUUUGUUUUGUUUUUCUCUCAUAUUCCUCUCUUAGUAUAACGGUUUAAGAGAUAAUAUAAUGCUAAAGUAGUGUUUAUAUAUUGCAGCAUCAGUUUGGUUGCUUGGUUGCAAAGCAGCAGUUUUGAUGUAGUUUUUUCUUUUGUAAUUGUGAAUUCCUAUUGUUUUUUCCUUUUGUAUUAUCCUGAGACUGUGCACAUGUCCUAAUUGUACCCUGCUGUAUUAUUAAACACGUU